AAGAAAAUAUGGGUUCUGAAAACAUUAAGCUUCCCAAAAUAGACUUUUCUCAUGAAGAUCUAAAGCCAGACACACUUGUAUGGAACCAAGUGAAAAGCCAAGUUCACAAAGCAUUAGUAGAAUAUGGUUGUUUUGAAGCUUCUUUUGAUAAAAUUUCGAUACAUCUUAGAAAAUCCAUUUUUGAAUUCUCACAAGAGAUUUUUGAUCUCCCUUUAGAAACAAAACUUAGAAACAUAUCAACCGAAGCCUUCCAUGGCUACGUUGGAAACUACCAUCCUUUAAUUCAACUCUUUGAAAGCAUGGGCAUUGAUGAUGCUAACAUUUUUCAUGAAGUUGAAAAAUUCACUCAAAUUCUAUGGCCCCAAGGAAACCCUUCUUUUUGCAAAACUAUCCAGUCAUAUUCAGAGCAACUAGCAGAGUUAGACCAAACAAUAAGAAGGAUGAUUAUGGAGAGUUUAGGCGUGGAAAAGUACAUGGAUGAGCAUAUGAAUUCGACCAACUUUCAAGAUCAAGUAAAUGGUCUUCAAGUUUUAACCAAAGAUGGACAGUGGAAAAAUCUUGAUCCUACACCAAACACUUUUACUGUCAUCGUUGGAGAUUCUCUACAUGCAUGGACAAAUGGUCGGAUGCAUGCACCAUAUCAUAGGGUGAUGAUGAGAGGAAAGGAGACAAGGUACUCAGUUGGUUUGUUUUCAACACCUAAAGCUGGAUACAUAAUAAAGGCACCAGAAGAGCUGGUAGAUGAAGAGCAUCCUUUACUAUAUAAGCCCUAUAAUCAUGGUGAAUUCCAUGCUUUUAGCUACAGUGAAAAAGGCAUGAAAUGUGAAUCUGCUUUGAAGACCUAUUGUGGUGUCUGAAUUUAAUUUAAUAAAUUAUGUUUACUAGUAAAAUAAAUAUGUAUACUUCUUUGAGUAUAUACUUGUGUUUUAUGUACUGAUAUGAAAAAUAAUACUAGUUAAUUUGC